AUGAUGCUCCCUUACUAUGUGGGUGGAAGGACGUUGUUUGGAUGCACCCAUUUUAAAGCACCGUCUGGCCUGCUACGACCACAUAAAGAGAUUCCCCAGAGGCCUGCCUUGUCCAGGAUUUCCACAGCUGCUUCUGCCAAAUCUGGAGAGGAUGCUGUGCUCAGGUGGGGCCUCCUCCUAAUCCCCAUAGCGACAUUUUGCCUUGGAACUUGGCAGAUUCAACGGCGGAAAUGGAAGUUGAAGUUGAUCUCUGAUCUGGAAGCCAAGGUGGCAGCAGAACCGAUCCCACUCCCAGCAGACUUCUUGGAGCUAAAGGAGUUGGAAUACAGACCUGUCAAGGUCCGAGGGUAUUUCAUUCAUGACAAGGAGCUGUACAUCCUUCCGCGUUCAUUGGUUGAUUCAGAGAAAGAAGCCAGGGAUACUGGCCAGCUGAUGUCCAAUCCUGAGAGUGGUGCCAAUGUCAUCACACCCUUUUACUGCAUAGACCUUGGGAUCACAAUCCUUGUCAACAGAGGGUUUGUCUCCAGAAAGAAACUUAAGUCAGAGACCAGGUUGCGAGGACAGAUCCAAGAAGAAAUUGAGCUCACAGGGGUGGUGAGGCUGUCGGAAACUCGCAAGCCGUUUGUUCCAAAGAACGACAUUGAAAGGAAUCGCUGGCAUGGAUGCCAUGGCAAGAGUGAGCCCAUCUUCCUUGAUGCAGACGUCAGUGAGUUCCCCAAGGACCUGGCUGUGUAG